UCGGUUGCCCCGGAGACGGCGGUGACUGUCGCGAGAGAGGCCCAGGGAGUUCGGAGCCGCCGCUGCCCGAAUGGAGGGGCCAGGCCUGCGGCUCCUGCCGCCCGAGCCCCGAGAUCGCGGCUCGCAGCGCUGCCGCCUGGGGCCCAGGGCUCUGGCGGCGUUGGGCGUGCGGCUCGGCAGCCCGCUGCGGGUUUGCGUAGCCGGCGGCCUGGCCCUCUGUUCCGCCUGGCCCCGAGCCGACCUCGCCGACGGCUUCGUGCAGCUGGACGCCAAGUGCGCCAGCCCGGGCUUCCUGGAGCGCGGGGCUCGGAGCCUCAGCCUGGGCCUCGGGCAGUUGCAAGCCGUGGGCUGCAGCAGGGCCCGGCGGGUCUGCGUGCGGGCUGUGGUAGCGGAGCCCGGGGGCCCCGAGCCCCCGACCCAGCUGGUCCGCGCUCUGCUGAAGGGCGUCUACCUGAGCGCCGGGUUGGUGGUGCGGGUGUCAGGCCCCGAGGCCUCGGCCUGGCCCGGCGCCCUGCGGCUACUCGAAGUGCGCUGGCUGGACCCUCUGGCCCCCGGAGCCGCGCUGCUGGCCGCGGGGGCCGAGGUGGAGGUGGCUGAGGUACUGAGCCUGGAGAGGUACCAGGCGGAGAUCCGGGGCCCGGCCGAGGCCUCGGCGCCGGGCCCCGAGCCUGCUCUCACCUCGCUGAGGGAGGCGCUGGCUUGGCCGCUCCUCUACCCCGAAGCCUCGGCGCGCCUGGGCCUGGACUGCCCACGGGGAGUGCUGCUCAUCGGGCCGCCGGGCGUGGGCAAGUCGCGGCUUCUGCGCUGCCUGGCCCGGGAGCUGGGCGCCUCAGUGCUGGAGGCCUCAGCUUCGACGCUGCUCGGGCCACGGCCCGGGGACAGCGAGCUCCGCCUCCGCCGCCUCUUCGGCCGGGCCGGGGCUGAGACCAAGCGCCGGCCUUGCCUCCUCUUCGUCGAUCAGCUGGACGCCGCUUUUCCCCGGAGGACGGGCCGGAACCAGGGCGCCGAGCACAGGCUUCUAGCUCAGCUGCUCAGUCUGCUCGACAACCCGGAGUGCCAGCGCUGGGUGCUGGUGGGCGCCACCGACAGGCCCGAGGCCUUGGACCCUGCCCUGCGGAGGCCAGGGCGGUUUGACCGAGAGGUUGUGAUUGGCGUGCCGACCAUGUUACAGCGCAGAGCCAUUCUCGGAGCAGUCACCACCCUCAUGCCCGUCAGUGCCCAAGUCUGUGUGUCCUGGCUGGCGGAAGCAACGGGUGGCUACGUUGGUGCUGACCUGAUGGCCCUGUGUCGAGAGGCCGCCCUGCAGGUCAUCCGGCGCGCUUCCCAGUCCCAGCAGGACUCGGUGAAGCCUCAGAUAACCCUUGCAGACUUCCAGGAGGCGCUGAAAGUGGUAUACCCUUCCUCUCUCCGGAGCAGUAUUGGCCUGACUGAUUUCAGACCUGUGCACUGGGACCAGAUCGGGGGCCUGGAUGAAGUCAAACUGAAACUAAGGCAGAGCGUUGAGUGGCCUUUGAGAUACCCGGAAGCCUUUGUGAGGAUGGGGCUGCAGCCUUGCCGGGGUAUCCUCCUGUAUGGACCACCAGGCUGUGCAAAGACCACGCUAGUGAAGGCGGCUGCCUCCAGCUGCCACUGCUCCUUGCUGUCGGUCAGCGGGGCUGAACUCUUCUCCCCCUUUGUGGGAGAUUCUGAAAAGGCAUUGGCUGAGGUGUUCCGCCAGGCUCGAGCUGCGUCUCCCUCAAUCCUGUUUCUCGACGAGAUUGAUGCGAUAGUUGGGUCCCGGUCUGCUGAUGCUGCCAAUGGCCACAGUGUUGGAGAGCGGGUGCUGUCUGUGCUUCUGAAUGAGAUGGAUGGUAUUGGACACCCACUGUCUGAGGGAAGGGGUACCAGGAGCAUUCCACCCGCGUGCGAAGCGGGUCAGGCCGAGGAGCACACGAGAAAGUUGGAGUUUCAGGAGAUUUGUAACAAGGAAGUCAUUGUGAUUGCUGCUACAAACCGACCAGAUCUCCUGGACGAUGCUUUACUGAGACCCGGACGAUUUGAUCAGAUGAUCUUUGUUCCUGCCCCAGAUGAAGAGACAAGGCUUUCCAUCCUGAGGAUCUGCAGCUCCAGGACUCCGCUGGAUGGGGUGUGCCUGCGGGAGCUGGCGGCACUGACCGCUGGGUUCACCGGAGCAGAUCUACACAGCUUGUGCAAGGAGGCUGCCCUGUUGUCUCUGCAAGAAAACGGGCUCGAUGCUGCAGUGGUGUUCCACAGCCACUUCAUCAAAUGCCUUCAGAGUUUUAAACCCUCCCUCACAGAGCAACAGCUACAAUUUUACAGCAACCUCUUCUCCACUCAGGACACAGGGAUGUGUGUGAACUCUGACCCAGGCUGAUCACGAAGAGUGACCUUUGAACUUGUGACAGCAAAGAGAACUUAAAACUAUAUAUUUUAUUUUUGUAUAAAUGCAGAAUUCUUCCUAUUGGAAGUGUUGCUUUGUAAAAUGAAAAGUAGAAAUGUAAAAAAAACUAAUAAGAAAUAUCCUGCAAGUACAAUUUGAUGUGAUAAUAUAAAGUUAGAAGCAGUUGUGACAGAGCACUGGGAGUAUUGGGGUUGGGGGCCAAUCCUACUGAGUUAACUCUGAGGGUGAAGUCUACAACUGGCUUUGAGGCACAAGGUUAGUGUGUUUUGUGUAGAAUUCACAUUUACCUUGGUGUAGUAUAUCACAAUUCACCAUCUAGGAAAGGCAGUGAGGUGUGAGCAAGGUAGGAAUGCUGGUGAUUUGGAGGACAGUGGGGAGAGAACGAGGCAAGACAAGGUGGAAGAUGAGGCACCUGUACACGUGUACCUGUGCACCGGACAUUGAAUUUAACUUUGUCCCGUGAAACUGGGCAAAGGAGCGGUGUAGAAAAGGGGCUGAGGAUGGGGACGACGAAUGCACUGAUGGG